AGUUCGACUCCAGGAAAUAUACAUAAGGCGAAAAAAAGAUCUUUGAGACAGCAUAGUUUCAAAUUUCAUCAGAGAUUACAACCAAAGACUUUUGAUAAGGCUCUUUUAUCUGAUCCUAAAAAUUCAGAAAGGCCAGCUAAUUUGACAAUGAGGUCACCUAAAAUUGGAACGACUCCAAAAGAGAAAUUCUUGAGUCCAACUCAAAAGCAUAUCAGUAAUAUCAACAUCAACAGUCAGGAUCAUAAAAACCCAGCUUCUCAUCAUAAAUUUCUAAAAGAAUUUACUGAGGAUUCAGAUUUACCUGUAUUCAAGCUAAAAAUUCCAAAAUCCUAAAAAGAAAGUAUCUAAAGCUCCAAAAGCAUCAAGAAAGAGGAAGAGAAGUAGAAAUCAUUCACAAUACGUGAACAAAUACACUCUAUCAAGUAUGUCCAGGUCAGAGAUCGCCAGAAUGGUCUCCCUAAAACAAAACCUUACAAAAUAAUCAGAAUCACACUCAAAAUCCAAAUCUGAACUCUUCAAAUGCUCGGGCAGGUCCUGGCAGAAGUCGGAACCGUAGUAUGCAGUACAGCGGUUAUGGGCAGAACAAAGGGACGACUGUAGAGAGUGCAGGUGGGAUCAGAAGAGAUCGGAUUGUUGAGAGAAAUGGUAAGGUUCCUCAGAAAUAAUGGACGUAAUAUAAAGAGAUCCUCUGUGAUUGAUGUAUCAUCUCCUGUUUCGCAGUCUUUUAGGAAUCAAUUAGGAUAUAAAAAACGAUUUAAAAGUCUUCCUCAAUCCCCUGUCAGUGGAAAAAGGUUCAAGAAUACCUCCACUGCCAGGAACAAAUAUUCAAUUUAAGCUGAGUGAUUUUAAGGAUAAAAAUAAGAAGUGCGAUUCUACAAUUAAUAAGAAGAAAAUAAGUUUAAUUCCUCGAAAACCAACAGGCUUCAAACCUUUAUAUAAAAACCAGCCAUCAACCACUUUUGAAGCGAAAAUGGCUUUGAUAAAAUUUGCUACCGACAAAGUAAUUAGUUCAAACAGACUUUUCCUCACCAAGAAGAACAAAGAACCUCAUAUUCUGAAGCAUGAGAAAGAUAAGCCUGCUAAGGGUUGUCCUGGAUGCAAAUACAUAGAUUACAACAAGGAUGUGAAAUUUAAGGAUGGAUUUACCUACCUAAACCAAAGCUUUGAGAUCCUUCUUUCUUACCAAGACAAACCAAGAAAAGAUGUGUUAAAGACAAUUCAAAGCAAGAAUAAACCUGACUUCUCAGACGUCGAGUUCUGGAUAAGGAAAGGAUAUGAACUCUCUAAAGAAGGAAAAAUUGAAGCAGCUAUUGACUAUUAUCUCCAAGGGUCUAUUCUAGAGUCGAAUAAUUUAGAAGUCUCGUAUAACCUAGGAUGUCUUUAUAACUCAUGAAAUAAGCUUAAAUGAUCAAUAAUUUGGCUAGCUAAAGCCCAUUCUAUUGAUCCUUACGAUCCUAAACCAAUCCUUGGCUUAGCAGUGACCAUGGUGAAGUUGCAAUAGAGUAUGGGGAAUGUCUGGAACUUUCUAAGUAUGGCUUAAAUCUGGA